AUGCAUCCUCGGAACCCGUAUAAGGAGCCUCCAGACUUUCUCGAGCUUGCGCAAGCUUACCCAGAGCUCAAGCCGUUCGUGUAUAUCAGCAAAAAGGGCAAUCCAUCCAUCAAUUUCAAAGACGCAGAUGGCCUCAGGCUAUUGACUCUAUCCCUACUUCAUCGUGACUUCGGCCUCGACCUAGAACUACCAACUGAUAGAUUAUGUCCGGCGAUUCCGAACAGACUCAACUAUAUCCUGUGGAUCCAGGAUAUUCUAGCAAAUUCCUCCCGACCGGAUGAAACCGUUCGUGGGAUUGACAUAGGAACCGGUGCCUCGGUGAUAUAUCCGCUACUAGCAUGCAAGCUGUCGCCUAGCUGGGUCUUUGUCGCCACAGACAUUGACACACGAUCCCUGAUGGUCGCAGAAAGCAAUGUCGCUCGGAACGGUUUACAGAACCGCAUCAUCGUCAAGCAAAGCCUCCCUGACGGACCCAUCAUUUCUGAUGUACUCCUCGAUCCAAGCUUCCCAGCCUACGACUUUGUCAUGUGUAACCCCCCCUUCUAUGGGAGCAGGGAGGAGGUGGAUCAGGCGACCGAGGACAAGGAAUUUGAUCCCUCGGCGGCAUGUACAGGUGCAGAUUUCGAGAUGAUCACACCGGGAGGAGAGGGUGUCUUCGUUACGCGCAUAGUGAAUGAAAGUGUAGACGUCGGAAAGAGAUGCAGAUGGUUUACUUCGCUUCUCGGAAAGCAUACAUCCGUCGCUGCAGUGGUGGCCGCAAUCAAAGGGCUCAAGAUUGACAACUAUGGGAUCACCGAAUUCAUCCAGGGCAAUACCAGAAGAUGGGGAGUUGUUUGGUCCUUCAGUGAUGAGCGCCUUCCCGACAAUCUCAUUCGUCCGUCUUCAGACAGCCUGCAUUCCCUCCAACCACCGUCAAACCAACUUCGGCAACCCAUUCUCUACGGUGGAUCCUGUGAUGUAUUCCUACCGAUCGACCAAAUGAACUUCGGGUGUGGGCUCGCGACAAUACAUGGUCGCGCAAAGCUAGACGGCUUCUGGAAAGGAUGA